GGAGGGGGGGGCGUGGUCGGCGGGUGCAGAGACCGGGGGAGCUCGGUGUGGAGGGAGCGACCCGAAGACACCGGCUGGGCUGCAGCCUCCGCCCGCACGGCGCCCCCCAUCUCUCCCUGGCCGGGAGGGGGCUCGGUCCCUCUCGCGGGGGUCAUGGAUCCCAAGCGCCUCCCCAAGAGAGCCGCCCCGGACAGCCGGCUCUACUCCCCUCCGCCCGGCUUAACAGCGGCCGGGCCCUGCUGCCCCGACUGCAGCCCCCCGUCGGCUGCCCACCGGCACGGGCUGUACUGCGGGGUGAUCCAGGCGUGCAAAGCCCCCGCCUCUGCGGCCAGCAACGCCGUCUACACGGUGCUGGUGGAAGAUGCCCUGCUGCGGCGGCGGCGGCGGCGGAAAAGUAGCGAGGACGCGGCGGUGGCCAACGGGCUCGAGGGGAAGAGCCCCGGCAAGGGCCGGGCCAAGCAUUUGCAGAAGAGCUGUAAUGGCAAGGUGCUGCUGGAAGAAGUUGAGCCGAGGGGCCUGACGGACACUCUGGUGCUGAAUGGCAGGAAGGUGGAUGAGCGGCAGGGCCUGCCUGCCAUGGCCCACAGCCAGCUGGAGGGAUCGAACAAGGAGGCAGCGCUGCGACUCCUCACCGUGGGGCUGGAGCAGCGCCCCCCUCUGCAUUCGGCCUACAUCCCGGUGCCCAGGCAGAGAAAGCUGUCAGGCAAGGCGGGGAUAGAUGAAGUCAUGGCAGCCGCAGUUCUCACCAGCCUGUCCACUAGCCCUCUAGUGCUUGGCAACCCGCCUGGCACCCUCAGCCCAGCAGAGCCCAGCUGCGAGGCCUGGAAGGAGGGUCCUGCCAUGUCCUCCAGCUACAGCAGCAGCAGCAACAACAGCGGGGACUGGAGCUGGGACCCGCCGAGCGACCGCUCCACCCCUUCCACCCCGUCGCCGCCGCUCUCCACCGACGUGGCCAAGAGCUUCCUGCCGGCCCCCCAGCUGGACGAUGGCAUCGAGGAGACCGAAGCGACCCACUUCCUCUUCGGAGACCCCAUUCCCCGGAAGAGGAAGCCGCAAAGCCGACCUGGAUCAGAGCGACGGCGAGGAGGACUUUUACUACACGGAGCUGGACGUCAACGUGGACUCCCUGACAGACGGGCUGUCCAGCCUGACCCCUGUCUCGCCCACCUCUUCGGUGCCCCCGGCCUUCCCUGUCCUGGAGGUGCAGCGAACCCCGCCGGUGCUGGUGAAGCCCGAGGACUCUGUGGAGUCUUCUCUGAGUCAUUCAGCUCCAACGAGCCUGUGCCAUGUCCACACGGACCACGCCUAUCAGGUGGGCCAUGUGGAAAAGCAGGGCUGCCUGACUGCGCUCCGCCCCGUCGGCGUGGGAGAGAAGCGGCCGCAGAUCCCUCACCCGACCGUCACCGCGGCGCCCCCCUCUGUGCCAAAGCCAGCCACGGGCACCAGGAAGCCCCGCGGCGAGGCCAAGAAGUGCCGCAAGGUGUACGGGAUGGAGAACCGGGACAUGUGGUGCACAGCCUGCCGGUGGAAGAAGGCUUGUCAGAGGUUCGUCGACUGAGCGUCCCCCUGCCCCCCACACCUGGCCCCGCUGCCCGAGCCCCCAGGCCCCUCUGGCUCCAUUGGAACCGCCGAGCUCUGGAAAGUCAGCGUCAACGCUUUCUUCUUGCACGUUUUGCACUUCAGGUGCCUUCGAGCCCCGACCCCACCUCCUGGCCCCCAGGGACUCGGCUGUGGCUAGCCGGAAACUGCCCCGGACUCAGGAAAAAGGAGCCCCUUGGCCUGCAGUUGCUCUGAGGAAUUGUAGGGCGGUGAUGCUAGGCGUGGCGGGGAGGGGUGAAAGGAAGGGGCUGUCCUUGAAAAGGAAAAACUCAUUCCCCCUCCACCCCGAUUGGUGCGACACGGCUCCCAACGCCAUCUUACGUCAGGUUUCCUCCGGGAUCGGGCCCCUGAGAGCCAUUCGUCUGGCGCUAUAUUUUUGUUUUUAUGCGGAGCCUUGUCCUGUCUCCUCCCCGCCAGCGUCGUGCUCUUGCCUCUUGGAAGCUUUACCCUGACACACACGUACGCACGGAGCUUUUCUGAUCACUCUCUUUUGGAAAUAAGCUAUUUUCUCUUCCUUCACUACGUUCCUCCCACCGUCUGACUGCCUUCAGGGAUCUGGCCGAGCCAGGGAUGUCCGUGCGCUGGGAUCCGGCAGUGGGAGGCCAGUAUCAGCCGCCAGCUCCGUAUUGCGCCGGGGGAAAGGAGGGGAGCGGACCUGGUGCUGUGCACGCACGGGAAGCCGAGAGCUCCUUUGCCUCGUGGUUUUUGCUUUGGAAUCGCGCCGACCACAGUUCGCCACCGAAAUGGACUUUAGACCAAGAAAAGGACCCAGCUCGGCCUCCCGCUGCAGCCCGCUGGGAUGGGCCGAGGUUCCAAGCAGCGGUUUUCUACCCUUCUUUUUUAUCUCUUGGUUUUAAGGUGCCAUGUCCGAUCUGAGUCCUGACUCUGGUGGGCUAAAACACCCAGCGUCCCUGGGGCAAGGGGGGACGGUGCUGUUAUCUCCCCCACUCCUGCAGGGAAUUCUCGAUUGGGGGGGGGGGUGAGAUGGACUCAGCCACAGAUGCCUCAACCAUUUGAAGAUGCUUGUGUGGUCAGAUCUUUGAGCUCUGUGUCCACGAUGGACACGGGGGGGAGGAGGGGGUAACCCUGCCUAAGAAUAAGCUGUGCCUGGGAAAAGCGGCCUCUCUUGACCGUCCUUUUCUGCGUGGAAAAUGUGGCUCACUACCUGCCCCUCCCCCAGCCGCACCUGUUCUGUCGCCCCUCUGCGUGCGGAGCCCAGCUCUCCGGGUGCAGAGACGGGGGACUUGUGGCCACCCAGAAUGAGGUAUUAAAGUUUUUUUUUGUUUUUUUUUAUAAAGGAAAAAAAAAAAACCCCGACUCCCGUGGCAACGAGAGCGCCCGGAAGUGCCUGCGUCAACGCGCCCAUUUGCACUAAGCCAAACUGCACAAAGAGUUUUCUUUAUUCUUUUCUUUGUGUGUGUGUUUUUUUAAUAAAAUAUAUUAAAGGUUGUAUUUUAAAUAUUCCCUCCCAGGGCACGAGAGAGAGAUGGAGAAAACCCUCAUCUCCUUGCUUUCCAAAAGCAUGUCUCUAGAUUUGUUUCUGUAGGGACUAUAUUUCCCAGAAUCCUUUCUCUUUCCCAUCACCUCCUACCCCCUUUGGACACCCUGUUUAUAAGCAAGCAGCACUGGUUGCUGGGAAAUGUAGUUUUCCCUUCGUGCAUUUUUUUGUGUGUGUUUGCCCUGCAGUCUUGACUGCAAGAACCCGGCCAACGUCCAUUGGAAUUUGCCUUGGUCGUUAACGUCCGAGAUAAUCCCCCCAAAAUCCAUUUGCUGGAUGCAAAGAUGCGAGUCUGUGUGUGCGUGUGUUUACGAAGCUGUAUUUUGUAAGAUUGUUUUUUCAAUGUUUGUAGCCUGGCUCAAUUCUAUGUCUGUUGUUGUUGGUUUUUUGUAAACAAAACCAAUUGUCUGUGCCCCAAGUGGCCCGGCUGAGGUGGAUUUGAAUGGAAAAAGCUCCCUAUUCUGAAUGUAUAAUGAAUACUCCUCUGCUGCCUUUUGUGCCUGGGCAGUACGGUCUGUGCCGGGGGAAUACUCCAGAGCUGUGGGCCUCGGCAGGGUGCUUAGGCAGGUGUCUAGUUUAAGUACAUUAAGUGGUGCUAAGGAGACCACUGAAAUCCCGCUUACGCCCACAGUGUAGGUGGGACUUGGGGGGUGUCCAGAGAGCCACUCUUGCUGAAACUUGUGCACCAGCAGAGACUUGUAGCACAGCCCGGGGAGGCAGGUUUUCUGCUGCUCUUCCUGCGGCCACGUGCUUGGGCUGCGACUAGCGCUGGCGGAGUGAUAAUCACAAGGACAAGGCUUUCGAGAGUAACCCGCGAUUUUCGGGCAACUGACCGGAGCUGCCUUCUUGGGCCCUGAUUUUCAGCACUGAAAAUCCAGGCCGCUCUUAAGGUAGCUCACGUCGGGCCCCUGGCCUCUCUAGGCUUAGAAUAAUUUUCACCAUGGGCUCUCUCCUGGUAUUUUAAUGGUAAACGAUUUGACAGUUUCCCUUUGGCACAAUCCUCGCUUUGCCUCACCGGGGCAGGUGAUGAGGGGCUUUUUCACACUCAUGACUUUUGAAUACCCCCAUGCGCCCCAUCUGUCCCCCCUCCCUUCUGCUUGUAAGUUGAUCAUCGCCACUAGCCCUUGGUCCUAGGCUGUGGGUGAACAAUUGACCGAUUAAAUGUGGGGACUUUGUGCAAUUUUCAAAACUGUUCGCUCUCCCCUUCCCCCCCCCCCUCCCCGGGUACAGUGUGUGUGGAGGGUGGCUUGGAGGAGAGAAAGCGUGUGUGUGGAGGUUGCCCUGGCCAUAGGCUAUCUGCAGAAACCCCUGCACGGAAACACGUUUGGAAAUAGUUCAGUGACUCAGCCCUUCUACACCACGCGCCAGACAUCAAUUAAUCUCCCAGCAGCUCUGUCAGCAACAAUCAUUAAGAUGGGGAAACUGAGGCAGUGGGCUCGGGCCUUGCCCAAAGCCACAGGAGUCAGUGUGAGAAAGUCUUCCCUUCGCGGCUCCCGGUCUGGUGCAUAGGUCACUGCCUUGUGUUGUUGCUAUUUUGUUCUGCUGGCAGCUGCCUAAAGCACGUCCCGCUUUGCGCUGGCACCCGGCUUAAAAAGCCAAAGGGGAAAGUGAUCUUGAGCAUUUCAAGGCCCUGCUUGGGCAGGGUCCCGCCUCCUUUAGCGCUGCUCUCCCCCUUGUCGCAGCAGGGCUGCUCCUGCUUGCUGUGGGUCCAGCCCUGGAAACCUGCAGCGUUCCAGUCACGGGUGUGGCAGGUCACCGUGGUGAGAACUGGUCUGCAGGGCUGGCCCCUCGCGAGUGCUUCCAAUCUCCAGGGGUUUCGUAGGGACAGGAGGAAGUUUACAUGUUCCAUCUGCUUCAGCAGGUUGAUUGUUUCCAGGGAGGUGAGGGCUUGGCGUAGCCAAGUGCCGGGCUGGGAAUGGGUGUUCCGUAACCAGGGAGGACGAUCUGAUGGGGUGCACGGAUCCAGGUUGUUUUUCUACCACACCCACAGACUUGCUGCAUGGCUUUGGGCAAUCAAUCCUCCUGCAUCUGUUUCAGUGGGAGUGGGGAUCCAGUGCACCUCACCCCUGUGUAAAACAAGGAUAAUGCUGGCUACCUCCAGGGGACAACAUGAGACUUCAUUCACAGAUGGGUGUAUGGUGCUGGGAGACUUGGCUAGGAGUGGUGGCAGGCCCGUGUGUGUUUGUAACUCGGGUGGGGGAAAGGGAGCCCUGCUCAGGUCUGUAUUAGUGUGAAUGCUGCGGGGGAGCUCCUGAAUGUGAAAGGUGCAGGACUGGGAGUCAGGGCCGUAGUUUGGGAGUGUUCAUCUCGUGUGUCUGGCUGAGAAGUGACUCCAUGGAGGAACGCUGUGUCCUGGUUUCCAUCCUGCAUGGAUUUGGGGUGUAGCAAUCGCCUGCACAAACCUGCCCUCUUUGGGUGUGUUUAAAACAAAAAUCAGCCCCCCUCCCCCACCCAUUAAUAGAGCUCUGAUUGGUCGGAAGCACAGGAAGAAAACAGUAGCGGGAGGGUUGUGGUGUGGGAAUGCCUAGCGCAGUGAUUCCUGGCCUGGUGUGGGUGUGGAGGGGUGACUGUAUGUUUUGGGGGCGGGGGUGAGCUGUGGGGAUUCUAGCCUGAUGAUGCUACAGCUGCCCAUGUGAUCAAACUGGGGUGGGGGGGGAGGUUGGUUUGGUUUAUUUUUUAAGUAAAAAAAAAAUAAUCCUGAGAAUUUUUUAAAGCAUUUUAAUGGUUCUCUGAAUGUUCAGUGGCGUUUUCCCAUUGUUGAAAAACGUCACUGAAAACUCGGUUGGAAGUUUUGCCAGUUCUGCUGGGCAACAGUCUGAGGGGAGGGCCGGGAAAGCAAAGUCCUGGGACACCUGUUUCAGAAUUGCCGCCAUCUUUUACGGCCCCUGAAGAAUUCCCCAAGAUGGCCGGAGAGACUUUAAUGGCUGCAGCUCCCUCCUGCUUGCUCAGCUGGUGCUGUCCUUGGUUCUUGUCAGGCUCCGCUCAUGGGAGCUUCGUCCGAUCAUUCUUGAUCUCCUGCCUCCGGUCUCCAGACCCCUGGCUCAGGAUGGUUCAGAGAGCUAGUGUUAGGAUGGCUUUGUAGGGGGGGCUCUGACUAGCCAUGGGCCUAUGCCGGAUCCUUCCAGGGGAGAGGGGUCGGGAUGCAAACCCCAGAUCCAGCUGGUGCCCGCUCUAUUUCUCAGCUGAUCUGGUGGGAUCAUAUGGAGAGCUCAGCGGUUUGAGCAUGGGCCGGCUAAACCCAGGGUUGUGAGUUCAGCCCUUGAGGGGGCCAUUUAGGGAUCUGGGGCAAAAAAAUUGGAUGAUUUAGUGGGGGAUUGGUCCUGCUUUGAGCAGGGGUUGGACUAGAUGGUCCCUUCCAACCCUGAUAUUCUAUGAAUCUGCUGCCAAACCUUCCCCUCACUUAUCCCCAGCUAGAACCCCUGGCCAGGUGCCUCCUUGGCCAGCUCCGGUGCUCAGACUCAGAGCAAGGUGAUGUGGGGCUUGGCGCAGAGGGCCCCGGGCAGCAAGGCAGCGGAGCAGCCGGUGGGGCAGUAUCCCAGCACGGUUCUAUAGACUGGAGCUCACCCACCCACGCUCCAGGACGGAUCAUUCUGAGCUCUGCUGUUCUGGGCUAUUUUCCUCCUAAAGCCUUUUUCUUCCCUCUCAAGCUCCGUGGGUCCAUAUUCGCCCCUUGCCCCACCAUUCCUGAGCUUCCCAGCCACUCAGAGCUACUGGAUCCCGCAGAACCCGCUGUCUCUGGGGGAGCUCCCGGGGAAGGCUGGAGAGUCGCAUGCCCCCGGCUUCUCUCAGGGUAGAACACUGCAUGGUGUAGCGAGGACCUCGCACUAACCCUUGUCCGCCGCCGGGGCACAGGUUCGAAGCUGGUGCUGGUCUGUAGUCACCAGAAGUCUCCCUUUGAGGGACCCUUUGAGCCCUGCCUGUGGUGUGCCAAUUCUGAGGGUAAAUCAGGGAGUUUGGGGCCUGGGAUUGGCCCUGCUCACUAGCACACAGCUCACUUUUCUUAAGAAAGCGAAUUUGCACUGUGAUUUCCCCAGACAAAGUGAGGAGGGGAGGGGAGGGGUGUGCCUCUUGCAGCCACGGGCAAAGUGGAGAAGCAUAAUCCCAGGGAAGGGGCUGCCCAAGCAGCAGGGUCAGUGCUGCUGGCACCACUGGGCCUGGUGCGUUAAUGACUGUUUCAUUGCUUUCUUCAGCAUGUUAAUCCCCUUUUGCUGGAAGAUCUCCCCACGAAUUCCCAGGACCUCCUCCCGUAGGGCUCGGUUCCUGCUUCCCCGGCUCAGUGGAAGUAGGGUGGGAUCCUAGCAUUGUCCCAGGUGACAGCACUGCACACUCGAGGAUUUCUCCUGGCGGGGGGAGUUUGUCUGGGCCUCAGGCUGGUUUUGGCAGGGUUGCAGUUCUAGUGCGUGGCGGGUCUCAGCGAUACGAUAAUCCUACAUCCCCAGGUGCAGGCCUGGUGUCUUUUAAAGGUCCAACGGGCGCAUCCACUGGAAAUAGUAUUUAUGGGGAAGUGGUAGAAAUGUUGCCUAAAGCUAGCGUGCUGAGCAUGGGACCGGCCUGCAGGGGGCAGGUCGGCCCAGGCUGGAGGGAGCGGGGUCAUCCCAUGGGUGCUGAUCGUGCUCCUAAGCCAUAAAGCAGAGAAUAGUCUCUUCCCUGCCCAGUGGGAAAACCCCUCUGUGGUUUGCUAUGCAGGGUCCUGGCUUGACGGGUAUCAAGUGGAGAUGGGGCCCUGCUGGCAGGGCCGUGGGUGUGAUGGGGGAUGGGGCUGUGACACGCAGCUGGCUGGAAUUGCUGUCUCAGCUCCAGGUUGUAGCACCCAUGGGUCCCUGCACGGGGAGGGUCGGUGCAGGUGGCUGCCCAAGGAAUCCUGGUGGCCUUUUUCCUUUCCCUGGUGGCACUUGAUACAAGCGAGCUUAAUGCUGCGGGAGAACAGAGCUGCCAAUGCUACCUACCUGGCCAUGGCAAAUGCAAGUGACGGAGGCUUCUGCGCCUUCGUGGCUUUGAACGGCUUUGGCUGGCAGUGCCACCCUCGCCCCAGAGAUUGGCCACCAGCUCCCUGCCCUGCGGGGACCUUUCACCAAUUCUAGCUUCACUGCUGCUGCUCACAGAGGUGUCGCCUCCGGCUUUGUGCGGCGGGGGAAGGUAACUGGUUGCAGCGAGUGCCCUGACGGAGCGGUGUGUUCUCCCAAUGCAAUGGAUACGUUCUUUGAGCCAGAUGAACAGGGAAUACGUAUCAGAUAUUUGGGUGGACCGAAGAUGUGCUACGUACUAGCCACACUCCGAACGCCCGCAUGCCCUCUGUACAGGCAGUCACAAUUCAGGGGACUUGAGCCAUCCCCCUCCCUAGAGGUGAAUUUAGCUCUGACCUGUGUGAACCUGCUGGCCAUCGGGCAAUGAAUGUAGCUUGUUUGUUUCCCAGGCUGCGUGAUGUUACACAUUUCUCUGACCGUGUGGGACACUGACAGGUUCAUGCACUAGGGGUCUUUGUAGGUACUGAUGCUUUUUGCAGCUGCACUGAAGCAGGGUUGGGGGUCCCUCUGCUUGGAUUUCCUGUCCCUUGUCUGGCCCUCGUGGGUUCCUUUAGGAACCUGAGGUCCUGGCUAAGACCACAAAGCUUGGGCAGGAACGGGUGUCAGACCAGCCCUUUCUCUAGUCCCUGUCGCCUACCCUGUCCACUGUUGAUUACAGGUACUGAGCCUGCAUUGCAAACUAGCCCCAGUGCCCUGGCAGACAGCUGCUCUGUGGGGGAAGAAUGCACCAGGGCCCGUGCAUGAGCUGAGCCAGCACUUCCUUCCAAAGAGGGCCGAGUGUAUCGCGAAGGGGGGGUGAGGCACCACGUGCCAGGUCCCACGGUGCCCCAUUGACGAAGGGGAAGGCAUGAUCAUGCACUUUGUAGGAGCCCUGCAGCCUAGUCAGUCCUCAUUUGAGCUGUUCAGACUGGAGGAAAAAGCAAAGAUGAAGAACGCGAGCAGGUGUAGUCCGAGCCUGCGAUCGGCUCCUGUGGGAUCCCAGCACCUGCUCACGUCAGUCAGGACCAGAGCGGGGGGACGUGCACUAGGCUAAGCUCGGUUGGUGGGGAAGACAGGAAGAGGCCAUGCCAUCUCCCGCAACUGCGCAAACCGGCCCAGGUUGCUGGCUCGAGGCAAGAGGGACCACGGCCCUUGGGGAUCCCAGGCUUGGCCGGGGAAAAGUAACAAAGCCAAAAGGAAAAUCAAUGUGUGAAAGGGGGGUUUGUAAACGGCAAUUAAAAAAAAAAACAGAACAAGUGAAACCGGCCUUGGAAUGACCUGGGCUAGAAUGUACAAAACCGGCCCAGGGACUUGCCCUCUGGGACCCGGGAUUGUGGCACUUCCUGGCAGGGAGGGGUGCGGCUGGGGCGGGCUCUGCUCGGGCUGCCCCUUUUUCAAAUUUUCUUCCAGGGUUUUGCAAGUGGAAUUUGGGCCGAUGCUCUUUGUCGCACGUGUGCUUCGCUCAGGUCCCUCUUGUGCCCGGAAUCGUGUGCCCCUGGAAGGGAGGGUUUGUCAGAGACAAGCGAAAUAAAAGAUUUGUGUUUUUCAGA